AUGGCCGACACCACUGUCUUGAUUACGUUAGAGCCGUGUCUGAUGUGUGUCCGGGCGCUCAGACACCUGAGAGUCCGACAGGUGUUGUUUGGGGCCCGGAAUGAGAGGUUCGGCGGAACUGAUUCCGUGUACAAUGUCAGCGCCAAUGAACUCAUCGAUGAACCCGUUCUCCAUUGCCAUCAACUGCUGGACGCCGACAAAGCCGUGGAUCUGUUGCAGAGGUUUUAUCAACAGACCAAUGAUAGCGCACCCAAACCGCACCGGAAACGCCUCAAGACAUGA